AGUGCAAAAUAAAGAUUGAAACGAUGAAUAUGAAACAAUUUAAAGGAAAUUUAGAACGAAUGUUCGACAAAAAUCUCACUGACCUCGUUCGGGGCAUUCGAAACAACAAGGACAAUGAAAGCAAAUAUAUCGCACAAUGUAUCGAGGAAAUCAAAUGUGAAUUGCGACAAGAUAAUAUAAGUACAAAAUGUAAUGCAGUAGCAAAAUUGACUUAUAUUCAGAUGCUCGGAUAUGACAUCAGUUGGGCCGGUUUUAAUAUAAUCGAGGUAAUGAGUUCGGGAAAAUUCACUGCCAAACGUGUUGGUUAUUUGGCUGCAAGCCAAAGUUUUCAUCCAGACACAGAGUUGUUAAUGCUAACAACAAAUAUGAUUCGCAAGGAUUUAAAUAGUACGAAUCAAUAUGAUGCAGGAGUUGCAAUGAGCGGUUUGGCUUGUUUCAUUUCAUCGGAUCUUUCGCGAGAUUUAGUAGGUGAUAUUAUGACAUUGAUGAGCUCAACAAAACCAUAUUUGCGUAUGAAAGCUGUUCUAAUGAUGUACAAAGUUUUUCUACGAUAUCCAGAAGCCUUAAGAAUUGCCUUUCCCAAAUUGAAGGAAAAGUUAGAAGAUCCUGAUCCGGGAGUUCAGUCAGCAGCUGUUAAUGUAAUUUGUGAGCUUGCUCGUAAAAAUCCGAAAAAUUAUUUAUCGCUUGCGCCAAUUUUCUUCAAACUCAUGACAACUUCAACGAACAAUUGGAUGCUCAUUAAAAUUAUCAAACUUUUUGGUGCAUUAACGCCCUUAGAACCUCGUCUCGGAAAGAAACUUAUAGAGCCAUUGACUAAUUUGAUUCAUAGCACAUCUGCGAUGAGCUUGUUAUACGAAUGCAUAAAUACCGUAAUUGCUGUUUUGAUAUCUAUCAGUAGCGGUAUGCCGAAUCAUAACGCAUCGAUUCAACUUUGUGUGCAAAAGUUAAGGAUUCUAAUUGAGGAUACGGAUCAAAACCUUAAAUAUUUGGGACUCUUGGCGAUGAGCAAGAUUUUGAAAACACAUCCCAAAAGUGUUCAAGCACACAAAGACCUCAUUCUUGACUGUCUCGACGAUCAAGACGAAUCGAUUCGUUUACGCGCAUUAGACUUACUCUAUGGAAUGGUGUCUAAAAAGAAUCUUAUGGAAAUUGUACGUCAAUUAUUAGAGCAUAUAGAAUUAGCGGAAGGCACAGCAUAUCGUGACGAACUCCUGUAUAAAAUUGUUGAAAUUUGUAGUCAAGGCUCGUAUCAAUACAUAACGAAUUUCGAAUGGUUUGUAACUGUUCUCGUUGAACUCAUUCAACUUGCAUCAAAUAGCAAACAUGGCGCUGUUAUCGCUGCUCAAUUACUUGAUGUUGUUGUGCGAGUUCAAGCAAUCCGCGAGUUUGCCGUAAAUGAAAUGGUUACACUUCUUGAUACGUUUGUUGUUAAUUCGCAAAACAAUACAAUGUGUGAAGUUCUUUACGCAGCAUCAUGGAUUGUCGGGGAAUACGCAGCGCAUUUGCAAAGCCCAAGUACAGCACUUUUGGUAUUAUUACGAGAUAAUUCAUUGCCGGGGCACAUUCAAGCUGUCUACAUUCAAAAUGCUCUCAAACUAGCAACGCAUAUUAUGAAAACGGCAUGUGACAAUGAUGAUCGCCAAACCGUACGGGAAACGGUGACAAUGUUACUUGAACGUUUGCCUGUUUUCAUUAGCUCAGGCGAUAUUGAAGUUCAAGAACGAUCAAGCUCUGCAUAUGCCUUAAUACAAUAUCUAAAGUCAGAGCUUGAUAAGGAGAAACAACAAGGAAUCGAUGAUAUGAUGAAUGAAACAACUAUUCCAAUUGAAAAAAACAAUCUGAUUGACACAAUUAUCAAUGAAAUGACGUUGUUAUUCAAAGGAGACUUGAAUCCUGUUGCUCCUAAAGCGCAAAAGAAAGUUCUCUUGCCCGAGGGACUCGAUAUAGAAGAAUGGAUUAAUUCUCCGCUAAGUGACAAUGCCUCAUCGAGCGACGAUGAAAAAGGAGAUUUUCUCUUUGUCGCUAACCAAAAUUAUGACGGCGAAAAGAUUGACGGAAGUCGCAAAAGCAGUCCGGAAAUUAGUAAAGAAGAUGUUGAACGAGCGCGUCGUUCACGUGAAUUGGAACAAAGUCACAAUCCAAAUUAUUUAAAGUCUUCUAAAAAGUCGAAAAAAUCAACACCCGUCGAAGAUGACAUCGAAGAGAUUCCAAUUGCAGAAAUUGCAUUAGAUAUACCACUAAAAGUACAUUCAACAAAGAGAUCAGACAAAUACUUGCAGCAAGAUAACAAGGCGACAAAAACAAAACGCGCAAGCAAGAAGUCAUCCAAGAAAAACAAGAACAAACUCAGUUACAGUAGUAGCGAAUCCGAUUAUGACGAAAUAUUGCCGGUACAAGUAAGUACUGUUGUUGAAAUUCCUGAAGGCGCUACGUUAUCUGAUAGUGAUAAUGAUCAAAAGGAUGAAAACGAUCCUCAUAAAUCGCUAAAUAUCGAUUUAGACAUUCCAAUGAUGGUAGAAACAAAACCAGCUAAAGUAAAAGGCAGUGAUAAGAAGAAAUCUCAUGAAAAAAAUGAAAAAGAAAAAAAGAAAAAGCAUAAAAAAGAUAAAGAAAGUAAAAACAAGGAGAAAACACACGAUAACUUAUUUGAUGCAAAUACAGCAACAACAAAAGAAAACCAUGUCGAAGACGCUUCUUUUAAAACAAAGUCUGAAUCAAACAAGAAAAAACACAAACACGACAAGCUUAAGAAAGGAUCAAAACCUAAAACAUCUUCUUCGAAAACAGGAUAUGAAGAAUUCUCAACACCUACUAAAUAAACAUCAUAUAAUGAGAUGAUAACUUAUUUUCUUAACACAAAAUAUUCCAUGAUUGAUUUUUUAUGUUUAUUUCAAAGAUGUUGUAUUUCAAUCAAGAAAAUUUAUAUUUCUAAUAGAAUAUUUACUGUUGAUAAUUUUGCUUGUACUAUUCCUGUUUAAUAUCAAAUUAUUUUCCUUCGUUUUGUUUUUUUAUUGAAUAUAUUAUUAUUAAGCAAAAAUAUCUAACUAAUAAAA